AGGUAGAGACGCUUGUGACGGUCACCGUGAUGCUUCUGUCCGCGUGCCUCCGGCGCUGCGCGCGGCUUCUCUACUGGAUCCCGGUUACGAUCGUUAUUAUGGUUGUGAUGUGGUCAUACUACGCAUAUGUCGUGCCCUUCUGUUGGAUCCUGCUUUCCUCUUCAACACAGAAAGUGGUGUUCCUUUGCCUGUUCCACGUCUGUUUUGUAAUGUUCUCAUGGUCAUUUUGGAAAACAUUGUCCACUCCACCGUCCUCUCCAUCUGUGGAGUUUCAGCUCUCCUCUUCAGACUCGCUGCUCUAUGAGCAGGAGCGUGGCGAUAUGGAGAAGAGUCCGAUUCUUCUGGAAAUUUCCCAGAAGCUUUCAGUCCACACACGUACGGCAGCCGGAGCUAUCAGGUUCUGUCAUCACUGCCAAUUGAUAAAACCAGAUCGCUGCCAUCACUGUUCUGUCUGCCAAAUGUGUGUACUAAAGAUGGAUCAUCAUUGCCCAUGGCUAAAUAACUGUAUUGGAUUCUCCAACUAUAAGUUCUUCCUGCUCUUCCUGCUCUACUCACUGCUGUAUUGCCUGCUUAUCGUCGCAACAGUUACACCAACAUUCAUUCAACUGUGGCUGGGCAAACAGUUUGAUAGUUGUGUUAAACUGCAUGUUUUGUUCCUGACUCUGGUGUCGGCCAUGUUUGCUGUCACCCUCUGUUUUUUGCUCUUCUUCCACAUCUGGCUUCUCGCCAGCAACAAAACUACUCUUGAGUGGUUGUCAGUUCCCUUUUUUGUGGAUGGACCAGCAAGCGAAGCAUUUGAUGUGGGUGUCAGGGCAAACCUCUCACAGGUGUUUGGAAAGAACAAGAGUCUCUGGCCAUUUCCAGUAUUCAGCAGUCAAGGGGAUGGACAGUCUUUCCCCUUGAGAUGGCAGAUGUCAUCUUACAGUCCUUCGGUGAUGAAUGGAAAUGGACAUCGUGCCAUGGAAGGAAGUGUGGUCUCACCUGAGGGGGUCUCGGUUACCAUAGCAGUGGAUGACUAGCAGUAAUGAAAUAAGGUAUAAGAAAUGAUUGUUCUGCUUUUCAAUUAAGCAAAUCUCUAAAGCAGAAGCCUUCAAUGAAUCAAAUGUAGCAGAAAUGAAUUUCUAUCAUAUAAACGGUUCUUUAUAUUUCUCGGUUGACAGAACGGGUGUCACAGCAAGUCUCUCAACUGGGGGAUUUCAGAAAGAUCUGGAUCACAGGUUAAGCUUGCAGGAGUGGCGGACGGCCCUCAGGGAGACGAGGGUGAACACCUGCCCGCAUGCUCAGUUUUCACCUGGAACACUUCCUGCAGGAGCGAUCAGGUCUCCGAAACCUCUUUUACUGAUCAGGGUGUGAGAGAGCUUUAUCAGGUGUCCCUGCUGCGUGAGAGUUUUAAAUUCAUUAUUUUGUGGUGAAAU